AUGUGUAUACCACGUUUUGAUGGUCUUAUAAUGCCAUCGGUUCGGCGACCACUGUAUUACUCUUCAUAUCUGUUACUUUGCACUCAUCAAAAUAUCUCUGGGAAAAAUUAUUACAAUAUUUUGGGGGUGAAACGCGAUGCUUCGAUUGCUGAAAUUAAAAGCGCUUUUUAUAAAUUAUCAAAAGAGUAUCAUCCGGAUGCGCUGAGGAAGUCAAAGGAUCCGAUGAUUUAUCUGGAAAUCAAAAAUGCAUAUGAAGUGUUGAAAGAUAAGAAAAAACGACAGGAUUAUGAUUUAGAACUUGCCAAUACAUUCAAUCCUCAUCGCACAUAUCGGAAAUACAAUGAAGCCACUGGUCAAAGCUAUAAAAAAUGCAAUUCAUCAGAUUUAAGUUUUUAUUUUUACGCGAGAACACCGCAAUAUGAUAAUGAUAAAUGGUAUGAGUGGUAUCAGAAGAGACGUAUGGAUCAAAUGGAAACACAUUGGAUUCGGAAAAAUACUGAAAAUUAUUGGACGAAAACUAUAUUGGCUUUUUUCGUGAUAUCUUUUAUAUUUUCAAUGAUUAUGCGUAUACGAACUAAUCAGCUUCGGCGAAAAGAAUGGAUUGAAUACAUGAUCCGAAAAAGUGACGCACAUAAGAAGGAAAAGAAGAAAGUGGAAUGA